AUGUCUCUGGUGGUUCUGUGGUCCGUAAUGGUUCUGUGGUCCGUGUCUCUGAUGGUUCUGUGUCCGCUCCUGGUCCUCGUCAACUCCAAGAGCGGAGACAACCAGGGCGUCAAGUUCCUGCGCAAGUUCAAACAGCUGCUGAACCCGGCGCAAGUGUUCGACCUGAUGAACGGGGGCCCAGAGCUCGGCCUCCGUCUUUUCCAGAAGUUUCCCACGUUCCGGAUCCUGGUCUGUGGAGGAGACGGGAGCGUGGGCUGGGUCCUGUCUGAACUCGAUAAACUCAACCUCCACAAGCAGUGUCAGCUGGGGGUCCUGCCUCUGGGCACGGGGAACGACCUGGCUCGGGUUCUGGGCUGGGGAGGUCUGUGUGAUGACGACGCACAACUGCUGCAGAUCUUGGAGAAACUGGAGCGCGCCACCACCAAGAUGCUCGACAGAUGGAGUGUGAUGUCGUACGAGGUUCUGUCCACGUCCAAACUGCAGCCGAUCCUGAAGGAGGAGGACCUGGACUCUCCUCUGCAGGUCCACAUCACUCAGUACGCAGACUCCGUGGCCUCGCAUCUCGCCAAGAUCCUGGACUCGGACAAACACAGCGACGUCAUCUCCUCCGCCAAGUUUCUCUGUGGAACCGUGAACGAGUUUGUGGCAGAAGUGGGAAAAGCGUAUGAGAGAGCGACGGAGAACAAGGAGGAGGCAGACGCCAUGGCCAAGAAGUGUGCGCUGCUGAAUGAGAAGCUGGACUCUCUGGUCAAAGCUCUGAGUGAAGAGGCCGAGGCCCAGGUGGUCCCGGCCGGUUCUAUCCCGGGGGAGGACGGGGAAGACUCUGGUCCUGGAGAUGGUGACGAAGACUCCGGUCCUGACGGAAAAACCUACAGGUCCAAAGAACAACUGAUGCUGAGGGCCAACAGCCUGAAGAAGGCUCUGAGACAGAUCAUCGAGCAGGCGGAGAAAGUGGUGGACGAGCAGAACCGACACACUCAGGUCCAGAGGAUGUCGUCGUCGUCGUCCUUCAAGAGAGAGAACAGCGAGGAGCUCAAAGAGACGGAGCCCCGUCCUGGAGGUCUGAGUCCCACGUCUCCCAUCGUCCUCGAGAAACCAGAGAGUGUCCACACGGCGACGUACAACAACGCUACUGUACCCUGUUCAGAAAAGUGUGUCAUGAAUAAUUACUUUGGAAUCGGCCUCGACGCAAAGAUCUCACUGGAAUUCAACAACAAGAGAGACGAGCACCCCAAGAAAUGCAGCAGUCGCACUAAAAACAUGAUGUGGUACGGGGUCCUGGGAACCAAAGAACUGGUGCAGAAGACCUACAAGAACCUGGAACAGAGGGUCCAGCUGGAGUGUGACGGCGUCCCCAUGUCCCUCCCCAGUCUGCAGGGCCUGGCCGUGCUGAACAUCCCCAGUUACGCAGGAGGCAUCAACUUCUGGGGCGGAACCAAAGAGGACAACAACUUUGGAGCUCCUUCCUUCGACGACAAGAAGCUGGAGGUGGUGGCGGUGUUUGGGUCCAUGCAGAUGGCAGUGUCCCGAGUCAUCAACCUGCAGCACCACCGCAUCGCACAGUGCCGGCAGGUGAAGAUCUCCAUCCUUGGGGAGGAGGGGGUCCCGGUGCAGGUGGACGGUGAGGCCUGGGUCCAGCCCCCGGGGGUCCUGAAGAUCGUGCACAAGAACCGGGCUCAGAUGCUGACGAGGGACCGGGCGUUUGAGAGCACGCUGAAGUCGUGGGAGGAUAAGAUGAAGGUGGACCCGUACAGAACCACCCGGCCUCGUCUGAACUCUCAGCAGUCCAUGGAGUACCUGACGGAGGAGGAGUGUGCACAGGUGCAGCAGCUGGGGCUGGUGGCAGAGACGCUCAUCAACAAGAUCCGGGAGACGGCGAAGAGCCACAAGCUGGUGGAGCAGGAGCUGGCCCACGCCGUGAACGCCACGGCGCUGGUGCUGACGGAGGCCAAGCUGUCCACGCCCGAGUGCCUGAGUCGGAGCACAGCUGUGGAGAUCGUCAACAGCAGCAAAGUCCUUGAGGCUGAGACCAAAAUGCUGCUGGACGGAAAAAUCCUGGAGGGAGAUGCCUGGUCUCUGUGGGGGCAGCGUGUGUUGCUUUGUGCCGCUGUUGUUUCGCUGCGACGAGCGACAACUGGACAAUCUGAGCUCAGCCAAACUCAGCCACGAAGACCAGCUCGAUAA